AUGAUUAGACUUGUGCCAAGGUCAAUUCAUCGAUUGGCGACUCGCGCAUCAUCAGCGAAACCUGCGGAUGUCACAAAAACCGAUGAAAAACCUAAAUUUGCUAUCAGAAGCUUGGAAACAAGCGAGAAUGUUGAAAAACGGAGUUUGAGCAGAGGUUUGGCUUUGAAUCGAUUCGAAAAGGAUUUCAUGAUUUAUCCCGAGUAUAGCGAUUCGGAUGAUGUGAAGAAUAUCGAAGGAUUCUGCGAAGUUUUGCGCAAUUCAUUGAGCCUCACAGAAGAUGCGAAGAAAAUCGAGAAAGAUGGCGAAUUAUCAGCAGAAGUGUUGGAAACUUUGCGAAAUAAUGCGAUUUUUAGUGUUGGAAUUGGAAAAGAAUUUGGAGGAUUGGCAUUGAACAACAAGGAUUUGUCAAAAAUCUUCGAAGAAUUGAGUGUGGAUUGGAAUAUUUUCUCAAAUUCUCAUGUCAAUUUAAUCGUCUCCAAUAUCAUAACAAUCUACGGAACACAAGAGCAAAAAUCAAAAUAUUUACCGCUUUUAGCGCAAGGUCAACUUCGCGCAGCUUUUGCAGUUUCAGCAACUUCGCUGGACACUUGCCAAAUCACUCAAUCUGCUGGCAAAACAUUGUUGAAUGUGGAGAACUUGAGGAUUGUUGGACGACACAAUCCCAAUUUUUUCGUGGUUUUUGGUGAAAAUAAUAGUUGUUAUUUGAUUGAGGAAGCGGAAUUGGGAACUGGGGAUAAAGUGGUUUUUCGAAGAGAUGAAACGCUUGGAUUGAAAGGGUUGGAUGGUAAACUUUUCAUUUUUUUGCAAAAAAAAAUGAUUUUUGACGUGUUUUCCACGUGAAGAUGCACAUUUCAUCAGUUCUUAUUUUUCAUUUUUUGCAGUUGGCAAGCUCGAUCUAACCGCCCUUGUUGAUGACUCAAAUAUUCUCGGAAACCCAUCUCAAGGUCAAGAAGUCGCUGCCGAACUCAUCGGAGGUGGUCGUCUCUCAUUCGCUGCUGCGACAAUCGGCGUCGCAAAGCGGACACUCCGCGACCUUUCCGCAUGGUGCAAUCGAACGCCAAGCCGCAAAACAACACGGUCAAGUUUGGCCGAUGAUAGUAGAUCACAGAGAAUUGUGACGGAUUUGGCGCUGAAGGUUUAUGCGUUGGAAUCAGCUGUUUAUUAUUUGUCGGGAAUGAUUGAUGAAGGAAUUUCGGUUGUUGUUGAUAUUGAGAAUGCUUUGAUUAGUGUGCGUGGGUUUUUGGGGAAAAUUGGCUGCGUACUUGACUGAGUAUCUAAUGUAUUUUCAAAUUUCAGAUGCUCGCUCGAGAAACCCUCCAAUCAAUGAUUUCUGUGCAAUUGGAGCUGAAUGGUCUCGCAGCGAUCGAUUCCAAUUUUCCAUAUGAGAAGAAUAUUCGAGAUAUCACAACGGUUUUGAGCUUGGUGAGUUACACGCGGAAAGCUUGCGGACACGUGCGGAAAACCAUUUUUUGCAGUUCGACGACAGCAAUGACGUGGAACAAAUCGCGUUGGCCACGAUUUCCACGUGGGCCACGUCGAGCUCGCAUAAACGAAUUGUGAGCACGCUGAAGAGAUGGCUGAAAAACGAGAAGGAGAGUGAUGAGAUGCGAAAUCCGGGUCUGACACAUUAUAUUGCAGAACAUGCGCAUCCUUCGUUACAGGUGAGCAAAAUGUGGUUUUUGAGCCAGGAAAAUAACUUGGGGCGAUUUUUUUUGACAAAAAAGUCCCCAAAAUUUAAUUUUUUUUCUUGCAGGCUGCUUGCCAAGAACUCGAAUACUCAAUGACUCGAAUCAACACGGUCAUUUCGAAAUUGAUGACGUCACAGGGCAAGAAUAUUGAACAGGAUUAUGGAAGCCUUGAAGCACUUGUCAAUGUUAUGAAGGUAUGAUUUGAAAAAAUCGAAAUUCCACGUGAAAAUCAGUUUUCAGAACAAUUUGCUGAUGGUUUCAACAAUUUCACGGGCUUCUAGAUCCUAUUCAAUCGGACUAAGGAACUCGGAUAUUGAGUUGGCGUGGACGACGAUUUUGUGCUCGCGGUAUGCAUUUUUUGGGAAAAUUUGGGAUGUGGGUCAAGAAUUCCCCGUUUUUCUUUUGAAAUUUGAGCGAAGUUGAAUUUCUGAUUCAAAAAUUUGAGCAAAGUUCAAAUUCCUAGUUUGAGAUUAUAUUUUCUAGUUUGGUCACCAGUUUGGUUUAUUUUUCUAGUUAGGUUCCUUUUUUUCUAGUUUGUCAUUCUGAUUUUCUAGUUAGGUUCCUUUUUGCCUUGACUUUUCUCUCAAAUUCAAAUUUUCCAGCCUAUCGCGUGCCACGUGGUUCGAACUCGAUCAACUCUCCGAUCUUUUCGGUCUCGUCAAAUUCAACCCGUCACUUCUCAAUGUCGGAAGAGCGAUUUUCGAUCUGAAUGGAUAUGCAAUCGAAUCGCCGAUCGAGAAAAAUUGGUGA